UUGUGCCUGUCGUCGUGCACGUCCAGCUUGAGCACAACCUUCUGCAGCCGUCACACAAGAAAAACCAAAUCAGCAAACCGUAGGAGCAAAACGAAGCCAAGAGCCUGUUUCCUCCUGCUCUGCUUCGCCGCACAGUAGUAAUUAUGCGCUCAAUUGAAGGCCAGAAUUCUCACCCGUAUCUCAAUUUGGGCUGCCUCAGGCAUCGACCAGCUGGGCGUGGACAUGAAGGACCAGAAGAUGACCAUCGUGGGCACCGUCGACCCCGUCGCCGUCGUCGGCAAGCUGCGCAAGCUCUUCCCCGGCGUGCAAAUCGUCUCCAUCGGCCCGGCCAAGGACGAGAAGAAGGACGACAAGAAGGACGCCGGCGGGGACAAGAUGCCCGCCGGAGACAAGAAAGAGGGCGACAAGAAGGACGGUGACAAGAAAGAUGGAGACAAGAAGGACGGCGGCGACAAGAAGCAGCAGGAGGCGAAGCCGCCCAUGUCCGUGUACCCGCACUACGCCUACGCGCACUACGGGUACCCGCCGCCGCCGCGCUACUUCGUCCGCAGCGCCGAGGAGGACCCCAAUUCGUGCGUCAUCUGCUGAUCGGCGUCGGCGCCCAUCUCUGCCCCUUGUACAUUUCCCACGUGUCCUCCUCUACUGCUGCCGGCGCUGCCAGUGGACAGUGGUUGGUAGUUGCUCUACUCAUCAGCCUACCUGCCGCAGCGAUCGACGGUGUGCGUUACAGUUACGUAGUAUAGUAUAAUACGACCGUGUAAUUACCCUUUGGCUUAUUACCGUGCAAGAUGUUGACUGCCCGAAGGAUGCAAUACUAGUAAUACUAGUAGAAUGCCCGUGCGUUGGUGCGUUGCCACGGGCUUUAAAAAGAUUGAGAACGUUCUUUUGUUGAUAAUGGGUUAUUCGUAGUAUUACUAUGUCAUCCUAUUCAUUGUGGGUUGGUUGUUACUCAUUGCAUAUCAAAUUUCACAUGUAUAGACAAGAUAGCCAAUAACAUACAGAAAAUAAUUGAAAUCCUCUUCACUUGUAAUCUAUUUCAA